ACUGGGCCUUGAUUUUUGCGUUUGUGACGUCUGUUUCAUCGCUGGGUAGUGUGGUAUUCUAUCGCACUUUAAACUGUUCCUCGUCAAGAUAUUGAGGGAAUCGUUCAUAGGGCCUGAAGAAAACGCCCAAGGUCUACACUGGGAAUUGGCAUGCUUCAUCCUUGUGUCAUCAAGAUGUGUACCAUCUAGUGCCAACUCAGCAUUCAGAUGCGGAGAAGAUGAUGUGGUAGAAGAAAGCAAUGGAUACAAUGAAUCACACCUGUCAGGAAUGUGGAUGUGUUUGCGAGAGCUGCAUUAGUCAUAAUAGCCUUCACUUGCACCAAGAGAUUGAGGCACUGAAAAGGCAGUUGUUGGAACGAGAAUGCCACAUCAUGCGCAUGGAGACGCGUGUUAUGCAAGAGGUCCCAGAUGAAAUGUGCCUGCGGCAAGAAGUGGCAGCUUGUCAGGACAAGUGGCAGAGGUUACAGGAAGGCUACCGCAAGUUGCAGAAAGUAAAUCAGGGCCUGGAAGAUAAGUUGCUAAAAGUAGUGGACAAGUUUGAAACAGAGAAGUCCGCACUCACGAGAGACGUUCAAGAGCUGACGAACCACUUAGUUGAUGCGCGACUCACCAUUGCACAAUUAAGGGAAGAAAAUGAGCAGUAUCGCAAUGACUGCAAUGUCGCAGUUCAACUCCUGCAGUGCAAGCCUUCCAACUUUGUAGCAUCCAAGUAUAGCUCGCUUCCAAACGAACUGCAGGAGAAAGUCCGCAACCACCUGGGCAUGCAGCAACGGUGUGUCAAGAGUCCCACAGAACCACGAGUAAUCAGGGUGCCUAUGCCAACUUUCCCACCAACUGCCAUGGUGUACUCAGUGCCACCUACUCCAGAAGAGGCACCCACACCAGAAGGAGCAGGGGAGGGUGGGGGCGUACGCCCCCCGCCGGACUACAUCAGUGCAGCCAUCAUGGCAAAAGUGCUGGAAGAACGUGCACGGGAACGGCGGAGAGCCGGCGCCUACCUCUCAAAAGGAACUCAGGCCUCGCUGUGCUGCAUCCACCACCCGAGGUCGAUGGCUGGCGACGGCAUUCGGUCGACAGAGACUGUCCUCUGAGCUGUCGUCUGCUUCUCCUUCUGCGAUUAUGUUACAGAGAGACAGUGCUUCAAAAUUCCAGCUUUCUCACUCUGUGCACCUAGCUUAGUGAGGAGCGUGCGCGACCGGAGGCGACCUCGGCACUCGACGAUGCAACGCAACAUUUUUAAUUCCGGGUUGGCAACACUCUGCGGUGACUGAUGUGAAUAUGUCACGUGAGCAGCCGGUGUGUAAAACCUAGGGAAAGUCUACGGGCCCAACAGCGAAUGGCUUCCAUGUACAGAGAUGGUGAACGUGUAGAGUGUGUGCUUGCUUAUCCUGUCAGGUUGGAAAAAUAUUUUAGGGCGCAACCGAAAAGGAGGAAAGAGUGUCUGAAGAGAGUGCGACAAAAAAAAGAGAAAAUGCCCAAAGGGUUUUGUGUACGUUAUUUUGAAUUGAGUCAGAAAUUGUAUGUGUAGCUUGAAUGUGUACUGGAUGUGUUCCGUUUGACUAUACUCUGAAACUCAAGCUACGGUGACAGGCACUCAGACUGAAAAACAACAUUGGUUGUUAGUAGCAUACAGUCCAUUUUCUCACUGCAAAUUCGGAAUUAAUUUUCCACAGCUUAUAGUUGUAAUAACAGCUUGCGCUGUGCAUGCUCUGAUUCCUCUUUGCCCUUCACAACAGUGAUCAGCAGCUCCGAAAUUCCCUGGUGUAAUAUUUUUUUAUUGUACUAUUUUUACCCUUUUCGAAUCCAUGAAAUCUGAAAGGAGUGGAAAUACAAAAACAUUAAAGACUGGUGGCAUGAAAAUAAACAUUGUGACAAAGAAAUCGAAGCACAAAAACAUUAGGUUCCAUCAAAGGAUUCAAUCCGUCAGUGAGUUCAAUCAAAAGCGUUCAUCCAAUCAGUCGUAGCCAUUCUUUGGGGAUGUUGCUCUUCAAAGUUCCAUCCUGGUUUGAGUCCCCGACUCACAGAAGUGAAACAUAUCUGCAGUCUGAGUCGAAAGCAGCGAACACCAUUCCAAUAUGCCAGCGGAACUCAAAACUGUAUACCUUGCAUGGCAUUGUACCAAACGCACACGUUGUUUCUUCCACGGAGACAGGUUGCAGCCAUGCGUCUGUGAAUAAAAACUGUGGAGCAGCCAAAAGCAAUUUACACGUCGAAUUUUUGUGGAUGCUUAGAAAUAGAAAACACGUUUUCUUCUGGCUUUUAUUUUCGGCUUCCCUCAAAUAGUACCACAACAGAAGCUUAGCACACUUUGCAAACAAAUAUAGGUACCACUUUUUGUGUUCUCCUAAUACCAUCCCUAGUGAAGGUCAUGUAGCAGUGCACCUCAGUAGCCCUCACUUGUAGAGCUCUACUGUUUUGCCAUAAUUUCAGGAACCAGUCGAUGCAAUGACAGCGCACAAAUGUGACUCGAUAGCACUUUAUGGACUAUUGUGCCUUUUUAACCGUGAGGCACACAACUUCUCUAUUAAUCUGUGUUAGCAAUGUCAGUAUGUAAUAAUGUUUGUUUUUCAUGCUUAGAAGAAGCACAGGCAGUGCCAUAUUUUGAAGGUCUUUCCAAGGUCUGGUACGAAACAACGUGUACAGGGUUGGAAACACGAGGUGACCAGUGUGUGCCGACUCUAUCUAAUAACGUUAUAAAUGCCUUUUGGGGAUGUGCUGC